UCCAUACUCCAUCAGCCCUCCCAGUUCACCUCUUGUAUCACUGGUGAACAUGGUCGUCUCUUCUCUGCGGUUCCCGCUCUUCCCAUGGAUUAUCUCGAACCAUACUUCCAAUCUUCGUUUCUCAAACCCUAGGAUUCUCCCUCAGUGGUCGCUCCAUUGUUCAUCUUCUUCAUCUUCAACUGUCACCGAGUCCAAUCCGGACCAGUCGGUCCAGAAAUGGGAAUCUUUUCGGAAAAAGAAAGUGGUAAUGCGGGUCGGAUAUGUCGGCACCAAUUACAGAGGUUUGCAAAUGCAGCGAGAUGAAAGCUCUUUAUCAACUAUUGAAGGAGAAUUGGAAACUGCUGUGUUUAAGGCCGGGGGAAUUCGUGAUAGUAAUUAUGGGAAUCUACACAAAAUUGGGUGGGACAGAAGUAGCCGAACUGAUAAAGGAGUUCACUCAUUGGCAACCAUGAUAUCCUUAAAAAUGGAAAUACCAGCAAAUGCAUGGAAGGAAGAUCCUAAUGGCAUUGCACUUGCGAAUUAUGUUAACUUUCAUCUUCCUAACAAUAUCAAAGUUUUCAGCAUUUUACCAUCACAAAGGAGCUUUGAUGCUAGAAGGGAAUGUGAUCUUCGGAGGUAUUCUUACCUCCUCCCAGCUGAAAUUAUUGGAAUUAAAAGUAACUCCAGUGCUUCAGAAAUUGAUCAUCAUAUAGCAGAGUUCAACGACAUAUUGAAUACUUUUGAGGGAGAACAUCCUUUCCAAAACUACACAAUACGGUCUAAGUACAGGAAACAGUUUCCUGCAAAGCAAUCUCCUGGUAAUGGUGGAGUGUUCAGAAGAGCAAAAUCAUCUGGUGAGGCAUCAACUUCUGAGUUUGAGGUAAGUGAUGGAGAAGAAAAUUCUGGAAUCAAUGGAGUGAUUUCAUCAGAUUAUGAUGAGGGAGAGAAUCAAAAUUCAUCAGAGUCCACCAGCUUUGUUGAACAUCCAGUUGGAAGUUCCAAUAAUAAUGAGAAGGGUUUGAAGGAGCAAAGUCCCAAAUUAGUUGUUCGUGCAAGAUGGCUACAUGGACCUGAUGAGAGAGAUAGAAUUAGUGCUUCCCACUUCAGAAAGAUUUUUAACUGUUCUUGUGGAAAGCUGGAGAAAUUUCUUGGAUUAGAUUACGUUGAGCUUUCCAUUUGUGGAGAGUCUUUCAUGUUGCAUCAAAUCCGCAAAAUGGUUGGGACUGCAAUAGCAGUAAAACGGGAAUUACUCCCAAGAGAUAUUUUGACAUUGUCAUUGACCAAGUUCUCACGGAUUGUCCUGCCCCUUGCCCCUUCUGAAGUUCUAAUUUUGAGGGGUAACAGUUUCUCAGUGAGGAAAAAACCUGGCAAUGUAAAAAGGCCUGAAAUGCUUACAUUGAUGGAAUCUGAGGAAAUUCUCAAGUCUGUUGAUGAAUUCUACACAUCUGUAAUUUUGCCUCAAGUUUCAAAAUUUUUGGACCCUUCAAAGUCUCCUUGGCACGACUGGCUUGAGAACCUAACUCUGUCAAGCAUUCCAGAAGCUGAGUUGGAUGAUGUCAGGACUGCUUGGAAACUGUGGAAGGAAAAUUUCCGGAGUAGAACCAAGGUUAUGUCCAUGGACUGCUGUAAUUGAGCCUCCCUGCUACCUGCUGACUUGUACAAUAUUGAGCUGGUUGAUGCUUGUUUGGAUUUGAUCACAAGAUGAAAGAUUGGAUAUCAAGGUAUAUUAUGGGGGUUCACAUGGCAAAUUGUUCCCUUGGAAGCUUUUCGACAAAAGAAAACAUCAAAAGAGGAUGUGAUGGAAUUUCACUGAAAAUCAGGGCCGACCAGCAUUCAGCACAAUGUUCAGCAAGAAGUCACAGACUUUCACAGCUUGGCACUUGCUAGUUUCUACCACAUGUUCUCUUCAUCUUAGGGUAAUUUUGCCUAGAGCUAGAAAUCCCUUAUGUGCUUAGGGUGAAAACCUGUUGAUGUUUUGAACUAGCUUGUACCAUGUCUACAACUUUGAUAGAUUACAGAAAAUUGAGUUUGAUAAAGCAUCUUUUCACAA